AUGCUUACCAACAUCUUCACCGUGCUGGCUUUAGUUGCCACUGCAAUCGCAGCACCAACUCUCGAGACUCGCGGUGACAAGCCGGAUCCCAGCCAGGUAACCAUUAAAGGUAUUACCACAUCUGGUACUGGAUGUCCUCAGGGUUCGGUUGGAAAGUUCAUCUCAAGUGAUCUUACCACUUUCACUCUUAUCUUCGACAAGUAUGUUGCCUCUAUCGGCCCAGGAGUUGCAACCACAGAAUCUCGUAAAUUCUGCCAAAUCAAUCUCCAACUUCAUUACCCGCAAGGCUUCCAAUACUCCAUCAUGAGCACGAUCUAUAGAGGUUAUGCAGCUCUUGAUGCAGGCGUUUCAGGAACACAAGAAGCUACUUAUUAUUUCUCCGGCCAAUCCAACCAAGUCUCCACCAAAUCCGUCUUCAAAGGCCCUCUCACCAAAGACUACACCAUCCAAGACAACAUCCCCGUAACCUCGACCAUCUGGUCCCAAUGCGGCGCCGAUCUCCCCAUCAACAUCAAAUCCCAAAUCUCGCUCUCGACCAGCAGCAAGACCGCGAGCGGUCUGCUCACUGACGACUCGAUUGACGGAAAAGUGACCUUUGUUACAGGAUACUUCACACCUGGAACACCGGAACAACGGGAAAAGGCGCGAUUGAGCGGCGAUGCUGGCCUGGAGCUGGUUGGGAGUUGUGGUGAUUGA